GGGGGGUGGUGAAGGGGGUAAAGCAACUGGAGCUGUCCUCCAAAAUCCACUACGGCCUCUCCCAGGGCUUUCGCCAAGAAUUUUGAUUCUCCGUUGUGAGAUACCGACCAGAAAACAUCCAAACAUUUGGAACCAGUUUUGGCCAGGCUCUUCUACUUUUGUGAGCUCAUCCAGGACAGAAACUACCCACACUGAAGACGGCCAAAAACAUCUUCUGGUUUCUAGAGACCCCAAACUGCCCACCUCUUGGGGGUGUAUGCUGAGGCCAUGGCUUUGUGUCUGGGUCAGGUGUUCAGCAAAGACAAAACCUUCCGGCCUAGGAAACGUUUUGAACCUGGCACACAGCGUUUCGAAUUGUAUAAGAAGGCCCAAGCCUCACUCAAGUCUGGCCUGGACCUGAGGAAGGUGGUUCAGUUGCCCGAGGGUGAGAACCUCAGUGACUGGAUUGCCGUGCACGUGGUGGAUUUCUUUAACAGAAUCAACCUGAUCUAUGGCACAGUCAGCGAAUAUUGCACAGAACGUAGCUGUCCGAUCAUGUCCGGUGGCCUCAGAUAUGAGUACAGGUGGCAGGAUGGUGACGACUACAGGAAACCCACCAAGCUGCCUGCCCUCAAGUACAUGAACUUGAUGAUGGACUGGAUAGAGUCACUCAUCAACGAUGAGGAAAUCUUCCCUACCAGAGUAGGUGUGCCCUUCCCCAAGAAUUUCCAGCAGGUGUGCAAGAAAAUCCUGAGCCGGCUCUUCAGGGUGUUUGUGCACGUGUACAUCCAUCACUUUGACAGCAUCUGCAGCAUGGGUGCCGAGGCCCACAUCAAUACCUGCUACAAGCACUACUACUACUUCAUCUCUGAGUUCAACCUCAUCGACCACUCUGAACUUGAGCCACUGAAAGAGAUGACUGAUAAGAUUUGCAAUUAAAUUGGAGCGAUGAAGAAAAAAUGCUCAGCUUCGAUGGACUCUAAACUAUGAACUUUCACAUUUAUGUGUAGCAUAUUACAACGUGAGCGUUGUGAGUGUCACUGUGAAUGUUUUUUUGUUUUUUUUUUGCUAUGUAACCACACUUUUUCAGGUGGUGUCAACAUGUUGUCUCUAUGUGACGUAUGACUUCCUGUCUUUCCGCCUGUGUUUCAUUCUGUGCAUGUAUUUAUGGUCAGUCUUUUGUAAGAUAUUUUUAGCAAUUUCAACUUUUGUUAACUGAGAGAUUGUAUUUUAGAAAUGUUUAGAAACUCCGAAUUCGGGUAAAGCUGGAUGUUGAAGAACAUUAAUAAAUGGAAAUGGAUCUGAUGUGUGUUACCCCGGUAUCAAGGCCGGCCCAGCCUAUACACAGACUAUGCAGCUGCUUAGGGCCCCUGACCACUAGGUGGCCCCCAA